UUUGUAAGGGGUUUGAGGUUAACAGCUAUGCGUGUUUACGCGUGAUGUAACAAGUGAGGUGAAGCACCGCCCCCCGGCGCGAGACGAAUGGUGUCCAGCGCACUCACUCACUCCACGCAGCGUCUUAGCAACAGCACGCCAAGGCGAAACAGGGCAAACAAUGUCAAGAAAAUACGCAUUUCACCUGGAAGACGUCGGUCGAUAGUGGCAUCCACCAAGAGCCAAGGAGAGAAAGAUCAGCGGGUGGACGGGUGCACCGUGGUGGAAGCUGUGCCGGCUGAACUCAUAAAUCUGACCAAAAAUGUUACAAAAACUCAGUUAAAUAAAAUCCACAUUGACUUCGACAACACACAGGAAGCCUACAAAAGCAAAGGUAACAUUGAACUGCUCCGAAGUCUGCUGGUCUUCAAGCUUUGUACAAUAGACGUCCUCGUUGAAAAGAACAGAGAGUUGAUGGACCUGAGUAAGAAGUUGUUUGGUCAGUGGAUGUUUGAGAAGCUGAUGAAGAUGACCUUCUAUGGUCAGUUUGUGGCAGGGGAAGACCACAACUCCAUCAAACCUUUGAUUCAAAAGAACCAGGCUUUUGGUGUUGGGGCAGUUUUGGACUAUAGUGUUGAAGAGGACUUGACACAAGAGGAAGCAGAGAAUAAGGAAAUGGAUUCAUGUGUUUCUGAAGCAGAGAAAGAAAGUCCAGGUGCUGAUCGCCGUGAGAAGCAGUACAAGGCCCAUCGUCAGUUCGGGGACAGGCGUGGAGGGGUUAUUAGUGCUCGUACCUACUUCUAUGCAGAUGAGUCCAAAUGUGACAACCAAAUGGAGACAUUUAUAAACUGCAUUAAAGCCUCUGGUGGAGCCUCUGCAGAUGGAUUUUCUGCCAUCAAAAUGACUGCUCUCGGACGCCCACAGUUCCUUCUCCAGUUUUCAGAAGUCCUGGUUAAAUGGAGACAGUUCUUUAACUACCUCGCAACACAACAGGGAAAAUCUGAUAUGAUGAUUUUGGAACAAAAACUGGAGCUGGAACAACUCAAGGAAAGUUUGGAUAAGCUGGGUGUUGGAGCCAAGGACGACAUUGAGAACUGGUUUACUGGCAAGAAGCUGGGUUUGUCAGGAACAAUAGAUCUGCUGGACUGGAACAGUUUGAUAAGCGAUACUACAAAAAUCUCCAAUCUGCUUAUGGUGCCAAACCUUGAGACAGGCCAGCUGGAACCUUUGUUGAACAAGUUUACAGCCGAGGAGGAGAGUCAGAUGAAGAGAAUGCUCCAGAGAGUGGACGUUCUGGCCAAGCAUGCCAUGGACAACGGGGUAAGGCUAAUGGUGGACGCUGAGCAGACGUACUUCCAACCAGCUAUUAGUCGACUGACCCUGGAAAUGCAGAGGAAAUUCAACAGAGACAAGCCGAUCAUUUUCAACACGUACCAGUGUUACCUCAAGGAAGCCUAUGACAAUGUAACUGUGGACGUUGAGCUGUCAAGACGGGAGGGUUGGUACUUUGGUGCCAAACUGGUUCGUGGAGCCUACAUGUACCAAGAAAGAGACAGGGCCAAAGAGAUUGGCUAUGAAGACCCGAUAAACCCAGACUAUGAGGCCACUAACAGGAUGUAUCACAAGUGUUUGGAGUACUUGCUGGAGGAGAUCGAACACAGCAGGAAACCAAAUAUCAUGGUUGCAACUCACAAUGAGGCCACAGUGAAAUUUACCUUAGAAAAGAUGAAUGACAUGGGCCUUUCACCCGCUGAGAAUAAGGUUUACUUUGGACAGCUGCUGGGAAUGUGUGACCAGAUCAGCUUCCCGCUAGGUCAAGCAGGUUUCCCAGUCUACAAGUACGUUCCAUAUGGCCCAGUCAACGAGGUUAUUCCUUAUCUGUCGCGCCGUGCCCAAGAAAACCGUGGCUUCAUGAAGGGAUCCCAGAGAGAGCGCAACCUGCUGUGGAAGGAGCUGAAACGCAGGUUGCUGGGUGGUCAGAUUUUCUACACGCCUGUCUACUGAGUCGCAGGACCGCAGCAUACUAACUGCAGUGUAAGCAUCCUUACAUUGCCACUACCUGCUACCUUGGCUUGUUAGGCCGUGCAGUAUGGAGGAAAGAUUUGCAGUUUUGCUGACAGGUAUUUUAAGUGUAGCAUGGUUUGUGAUGGAGAUGUAUUUUGCCUUUAGCAGUAUAUUUAAUAAAGCAGUGUCUAAAACAUCAACAUAAGAAAUGAUGAUUGAUAUUUGUCUCUAAAUCAGAAUUUGUUUAAUUAACUCAAAAAUUGGCCAUGGUAAUCCUAAACAAGAAACAUAAAAACACUUUUGCAAAUGUUUAUGCUAUAUAUCUAAAAAUCUAUCCUUUCUGAUAUACAGCAUGGAAUUAUUCAAUAGAGGCUAAGAAAAGUAUAUUGUGUAUGUAUGGUUACCAAAGGUGGCUUACUUGUAUAUAUGUAUAUCUGUCCUGUGCUUUUUUUUAAAUGGUAAAAGACACUCUUUGUAUGUUUUGUUCAGUGUUAAGUUCAUCUCCCAUAGGCCAUACUCAAAAGUACCUUUAGGAUUGUAGAUUAACUGGAAGCAAUCAGCUACUGUACAACUUGGUUUUGUUUUUCUUACUGCACACUCCUCCAAGGACAUUGUAAAUUAUUUUAGCAUCUUCUUUGCUGAGACUAUGUGUCAUUGUCUACGAAUAGUUUGCUAAUUAUUAAUAUGCAGCAUAAUGGUUUUGAUUACACAAAAAUCACUUUGAUUUAUAAGAUCUAUAUUCAUUCUUGGCUUUAAGUCAGAAUCUGUUGUCCAUCAAAGCAUAAACAGUAAAUGCAGCAUUACAAACCAGGUGAUCUCCCACACAUUGAUGUCCUCAAGGCAAAGAGCAGAUAAAAUGUAAAAUUCUACAAAAAGCCAAGGCAGGUUUAUGUAAUGUGGAUAUGUGCAAACGAGCCAACUACCUUUUAAUUGGAAGUGGCUGUUUGCAGUAGCUAAUCUUCAUUUUUGCCUCUGACAAAAAAAAACCUGUUACUUUCUACAGAGUAGAAAGGCUGAAGAGUGACUCAGUGUGAUCCAUUUCAGGAAAUCAUUCAUGCCAAUUCUUGACAUGGUCCAGAUGGUUCUGACUUCAUAUUUCUCUGAAAUCAAGAACAUCUUCUGUUCAUCAAACAGACAAUAAUAGCAACAGAUGAACUGGUAUGCCCUGUGUUUCAAAAACAUUUUCCAAUAACAUGCCAUGUUUCCUGCUGGGGGUUUUUCGAAGAAAACUACGCCCAAGUACUCUAAGAACACCUCUAAUAAGCUGCAUUGGAGGAGAAACUGCCUGUGAGAUCAAUUUGUUAUGUAUAGAAGAUUUCUAAAAGACUGGUUGUGUCUGUAUCUCUGGUUUUAGUGCUGCCCAAAACCUUUGAAUCAGAGGGAAGUAUGUUGAUUGGAAAAUGUUUUUAAAUUGAAAUGUUGUUUUUUAGGACUAGAAAUGAAGACUGGAAAACAUUCUAAUUAAAAACUAUGAAUCAAAGGUUAUCCUUUUUGUAAAGUUAAAUAAAAUGUAGACAUGGAGACAAUGGAGACACGACAAAAGCUAAUUGUCUUUAAUGAAGUUGGUCUGCAUUGUGUUGGCUGUUUUUUUUUAAAACAAUUUCACUGUCACAGCAUUUCUAAUGCUUGUAUUUUACAUAAUAGUAGUAUUACCAUGAGAAUUUGAUAUUGUCAUAAAAACAAAGACAACAUAAUUUUAACUCAAUACCAGCAAUACACAAGCAGCCUUUAUUGGUGUGCAGGGUUAAAAUGACAAUAACCAGUUUGAGUGGCUUAAGCUCCUGUUCCAACAGGCAAAGUUGAUUUUAGAAAAAAUUAAUUCUUACCUGGAAUUAACCACUGUGUAUUAUGAAGUCUGUUAACCUAGUAACACUGGCACAUUUCAAGUAUUUGAAUAGGAAUUUGGUUCUAUUUGAGUGCGUUUCCUUUGAUGAUGUUUUUCAUUAUUUUGUGUUUGGUUACCUCAUAACUACUGUAUCAGUAUAAACCAUAUUUUAUACUAUUGUAAAAUAUAUGUAAUUAUUGAUUAACACAAUAAAAUACUGUUAACGUAAAAA